GUAAGAUAAGCAUAAUGAGACAAAAGUACCAAAGUCCACUGAUCAUCAUGAGCCAACGCCCAUUGUGCUGUCAUUUGCAUAUGUUUGCAUUGUAUAAGAGCGUACCCCGCUCAUACUUUGAACCAUUCUCCUACAAACAACCUGCUCGACAGACACCAUGCUCGGGAUGUUCCAAGCCACCCCCGUAUCCUUGUCCUUUAUGAUCGUGUCACUCGCUGUGACCUUGAUCCUUGGAGCGCUAGCCUGGUCUCGCGUAUCGUCCUCAUUCCUUCCGCUGCCAUCAUGGCUUCCAGUCCUAGCGACAUUACUCUCACCUCUGACCGCUGCUGCCCUAGCCGUGUCCAAUACAUCCGGCAGAAACGCAACCAACGCUCCCAACCCGCUCUGGACCCGGAUCGCUUCGAUCGUCGACCAACUCCAUUCCAUCCUCCUAUCCGCAAUUGCGAGUGUUGCCCUGGCAUACCUCUUCCCUGAUAAUAUACUCACCUGCCACCUUGAGCAGCAAUGGCAGGCCUUUUUCCAGUCGAAGAAUGCGGAUGCUAUCCGGACCAUUCAAGACACCAAUCAAUGCUGCGGGCUUCGCAGUGUUCAUGACAGGGCGUGGCCGUUCAAGGAUCGCAGCCAUAGAGAUGACGCUUGUGAAACGCAGCUUGGGUACCAUCGCAGUUGCUUGACGCCAUGGAGGGGACAGCAACAGAAUGCUUCUUGGAUGAUCUUUGCUGCUGCUGCUUUGAUUUGGGCGAUUAAGAUUGGAUUCGUCCAGUUCGGUAGUCGUCGGCCUAGUUGGAUGAGUACCGCCUCAUCAAGGAAUAACAGUGAAUAUCGAAGGAUUACGCAGCCGGAAUUGCGGGAUGCGGAAGAAGAAGGGACCGAUGAUGCUGAGCGUGGAACUGGUAUUAAUGGGACAUUUUCGCCUCAUGCCGGACAUAAUGUCUGGGAGGAGCGUUGAUUAUCCUUCACUCUCCCUUGGUCUACUUUGCUGGGACUGUCUAGGAAUUGAUGGCGACGAAAACGAUGACAUGAAAUCCCUAGCGGGAAAGACGUGGUUGAAAUGAGAUCUAUGCCCACAUUUAACCAAAUUUAAUGAAAACCUAACAAAUCGUCAUUUAAAAUUGCUCCGAAC